UAAAAUACAAUUGUUUUUCUUGUAGUUUUUAAAAAACAUUUGAUGCAGAGCGUUUAGUUUUGUAGCAUAUUAAAAUUAUCGAUUCAGACUACCACGGUUUUUUUCAUUUUUUUUAAUUUUAGCUUUCAAAAACCUAGUUUAUAAUUUUGAAGAAAUUUUAAUCACCAUCUAAAAAUCAUGGCAGAUAAUUCAGAGGAAGCGCCAAAACCCGAAGAAGAAAGUAGAGAGAGUUCGGGUGAAAAUGCGCCGCCAGCCGAAAAUGUUGUCGCGGGAGAGGAGGAGCCCCCACCGGAGCAGCCCGAAGAGCCAGAAAAUGUUGAAAAUGUUGAAAAACCAGAAAUCGCAGAAGAUGCAGAAGUUGAGGUAGAACCGUCAAAGGUUGCAGAUGAGGUCGAGUCACCAGCAGUAGCGGCCGCUGCCGAAGCUGAAGUGGCCGCAACAGAGGAAGAGGCGAAACCAGAUGCAGGCGAGGAAGGGGUAGAGGGAGAGGGAGAGGGAACGGGGGAGCCAACCGCAGACGAAGUGAUUCGGGUUCACGAAGAGAAGGAAGAGGAUCCGAAAGAAGUGGAAGCGGGUGAAGAGACUGGACAUGUAGAGAGUGAGCGACAGGAUGACGAAGAACAAAUUCAGCCGGGCAAGGAGGGGGAGGGAACAGUUAAUGAAGAGAACUCUGGAGACAAAAUUGAAGAAGAUGGUCAAGACGAACCACCGAAAGAAAAGGCGGAAGACGAUGCUGGGGCCGAUGAGACAGUCGAGGAGCUGAAAGAGCCCGAAGACAACAAAGUAAACGAAGAAGUUCCUGCUGAAACUCCUGGAGAUGAAAAUGCUGAAACAGUAGCAAAAGUUCACGACGAGGAAGAUGACGCGAGUAGUCAAGAGGGAGAAGAAAACUUAGACAAUGAUAGAGAAAGCAUGGCUAACAAGAUGCUAGGCGAAGCAGAUUCUAACCAUAUUGAAGAUGAGUACAUAACAGAUCAAAUUCCAUCCGACAGAGUGCCCGAGUUCCAGAAACCGGGAACUGAAACGAUUCCAGAAGGAGGACAGGACGUGGAAACAGAAGGGAAAAUAAAACCGGAUGAUACAAUCGUCGCACCUGUUGGACCAAACGCGCAAGAACUUUCUGAAAUGCGAACAGAGCAAGAGACUGUUCAGAACGAGGGAACAAUGGGAACAGAAGGCGAGGGUCAGAAAACCUCCCAGCCAACAAGUCGUGCAGGUGGUCAUUCAUCAGACGCUCAUUUGUCCACAACAACAGAAGGUCCUUCUACCGAGCCUCCACCGGCAGGUCAGGUUAAAAAAGAGCAGCCGGAGAAAAAGAGGGGAUCGUCGGCAAACUCAAAGCCGACUGCCAAACAGUUAAAUCAUUGCUUGAAUCUCGACUGGUGCUUCGGGGUGAACAAAUAUUGCCCAGCUCUAAACAUGCUGUACAAACUAAACGCGGAUGAUCCUGGCCGUGAUUCGGUUUUGUACACGUGUUCGAAUAUUGCUGUUUUGUACGACUUCAACGAAAACACUCAAACAUUACUUCAAGGCCACAGUCACGCAAUUACAUGCACGGUUACAAGCGAAGAUAAACGCUGGCUGGUGACUGCCGAUUCUGGGAAGUUCGCGUCCAUAAUUAUUUGGGAUACCUUCACUUUCAUCCCGGUUCAGACCAUUUUUGAUCCCCAUCCGAGUGCUGACGGAUCUGGCGAUGACACAGGUGUCGCAGCAAUUGCGAUGACUAAUGAUGCCAAGUAUAUAGCUAGUGUCAGCUCUUCGACUCCACAAUCUGUCAGCAUCUGGGAUUGGACAUCUCGUAGUGGUGUCAGCGCCACCGCAAGUGUCACUCUGAGCCUCCAUGACACUCAUGUUCAAACGUUCAUCAAGUUCAAUCCAGCUAAUCCAUUUCAGUUGGUAUCUAACAGCCAAGAUCAAGUCGUAUUCUACCUUUGGGACGGUGCUGAAAACUUGAACUACCAUGACCCUAAAGUGACCGAUAAGGACUUCAAUAGAUUUGUCGGUACCUUCAGCCAAUCUAUUCACGCUCCUGGAAGUAAAUGGACGUUCACGGCAACGAGCGCUGGCAACGUGGUUGUUUGGGCUCCUGACAAGGCUCUGGACCGACAAGCUGCUAGCACCCCUUCGGCACUAUACAAACUAAAAGCAUUCAAACUUGUGAAGCUGCAAGAGCGAGCCUUAACGGUAUUGACAACCCAUGACCAAUACGUAGUCACUGGUGAUAUUGCUGGGUGCAUUAAGUUCUACGACAACCAAUUAAGAAUGAUCAAUUGGUAUCAGGACUUCGACAGAAUUGGCCCCAUUAAUUCAGUGUCGUUCGCGUACUGUCCAGGGUUUCCGUUCACGGUAGCCAGGAACAACAAAAUGCCGACAGAUGCGACAAUUGAAGCGAAUAAAUUUCCCAUUAAAGAUUUCAUCAUCAGCACCAUAACUGCCAAAGUAGGAAAGGUUCAAAAUGACGGGACUGAACUAGUAAUGAUUUCACAGGAGCACGAUGAAGCAAUCUACGCACUGGCAGCGCAUCCGAAAAGGUCGCACAUUUGCAUGGGAAGUUUUGCAGGUUAUAUCAAAGUCUGGGACUAUGAGAAGAAAAAAGUCGUGUGUGAUCUUAAGCUGAAACCCAAACAAUUAGUGACAUGUUUGACCUAUGACCCCUCAGGUACCUUUAUCGCCUUUGGGUUUGACGAUGGAAAUGUUCGGGUCAUGGAUUCUUUGACCUUGGCUGAUGAACUCAAACAACCUUUUGCCAUGUCGCAAAAGUCAAUCACCCAUAUCAAAUUCUCGCACAAUUCUAAAUAUCUCGUGACUGCAGAUAAAGACUUAUGCGUGGUUGUCUACAAAGCUCAGUUUAGCGAAGGUUCGGCGCCAUUUGUUUUCUUCGGCAAAAACCGAGCGCACUACAAAGAGAUCACGGAAAUCAUGUUCGGAGUCGCACUGGAAAACGAGUUUCCACGACUUAUGUCAAUCGGUAGAGACAGAGUGCUAGUCGAGUACGACCUUGAAAACAGUUCGGAAGACGACAUCCGAAUUGCCAGCACUAAUAAAAUCGAGCAAAGCGGGGUACCUUUGAGUCUCGCGUGGUAUCCGCCGGUUAUGAAAGAGGAUUUCUUGAUUACAGCGAACGAUCAGUUUAAACUGAAGUUGUUCAAUUCGACUACCAAGAUGUGUAGGAAAACUGUUCUCGGGCCGACUUACGGGACGCCGCUGACCAAACUGGCGGUGCUUCCGCAUAUCGAAGACCCAUUUAAGGAGCCAAGGUACAUUGCGUUCGCCACCAAGGACAGAAUAGGCCUGCACAAACUGCCAGUGAAUGGGAACCCACAUGAUGCUAUGGUGACAGUAGCCCACCCUCAGGGCAUAGCAGACAUCUGCUGCAGCCACGACUCCAAAUUUAUAUUCACUGCAGGCGGAGUGGACUGCACGGUCCAGAUGUGGCAGGUUCACUUUCCUGCUAUUGAGGCCUGUUCUAAGCUAGGCGGCGAAGACCUAGUCCCUUUCUACGACCUAAUGCAGGGAGGAAGGGAAGGUCAACUGUUUAAAGAACUCGAGGACUACUUCUAUUACGCAAUGGUCAGGUCACAAGGGGUCAACACGAUGAAAAAACGACAUGUCUCCGUUACUAUUCCGAUCAGCGAGAUCCCAUUUGUAAUGCGAGCUCUCGGAUUUUACCCAACCGAACAGGAAAUCGAAGACAUGCUGAAUGAAAUUAAGUUUUCAAAGUACGUGGAGACCGGAAAUUACGUAACUGACAUCGACCUGAACACUUUCAUAAAGUUGUACGUCAAUCAUCGUCCAGCUUUUGGACUGAACCCGCACCUAAUUGCCGAAUCUUUUGAGCAUCUCGGAGUCAUGGACCAAAAAGGCCAUUACAUAAUCGAUCGCGACGACUUCAUAGAGAUACUUCAAAACCGAGGCGAGCAGCUCAACGAUUCGGAGCUAGCCGAGCUCAUUUCUGUUCUGCUCGGAAUAAGCCCUGAAGGAUCGGUUUCUGAGAUCAAAGAGUUCAAAGCGAUCGAACAAGACCCGGAUUUACUUGACCGACUACCGGUAGAGAUUUCGGCCGAUUUGUUUUCGACCACACUUCUCGGCUUUCCGGUCUCAAGUAUCAUGACCAAUACCAGCGUUGAAGAGUCUGAUAAGGGAUCAAAAUUGACUCCCCAGGCAUCGGCUAAAAGUGUGCGUCUUGUGACUACGGGAACUCAAGCAGAAUGAUUCAAAUUGAAUUGCUAAAAAUAUUUCCAUAAAUCUAAUAGAUUCUUUUCUUCAAA